AUGGCACGCAUUUUCCUAACCGGAGCCUCAGGCUAUAUCGGUGGACAGGUCCUCCACACUCUUACAUCGACACACCCUGAGUACGAAAUUAGUGUUCUUCUACGUGAUGUUGAAAAGGCAGCAGUUGUUUCAAAGAAAUACCCCGGCGUGCGAGUUGCCUUGGGUGAUCUUGACUCUUCUUCCCUGAUUGAAGAGGAGGCUCGCCAAGCAAAUGUUGUCGUCAACGCUGCCACCUAUAAGCAUCAGGCUAGCAUUGAGGCAAUUGUCCGUGGCCUCAGCAAUCGCACACAACCAGGUUAUUUGGUCCAGAUAUCGGGGGCCAGCCUUCUUUCAAUCCCGGAUAUCGUAAACAACACAUAUGGUGAGGCUUCUGGCAAGCUGUAUAACGAUAUCAAUGAUGCCGCCGAAAUUCGUGAUAUAAUCCACAAGAACGUGGCCACACGGACGGCGGACAAUUAUUUGGUCAAUCUGACUGGUCCCAAGACGGCUUUGGUGUUUCCUCCUAUUAUCUACGCUCAGGGAGAUGGGCCUGUGAACCAACGCAGUAUCCAAGUUCCCGAGCUCUCGAGAGUGGCAAUUCAAACCCGACAGGCGGUCCAAGUGGGUAAGGGAGAGAGUACUUGGAGCAAUAUCCACAUCUCGGACUUAGGCAGCGUAUUUGCCAAGCUAGUUGAGAAAGGAGUUGAAAAUUCCGAGGGAGCUCUGUGGAACCAGGAUGGUCUGUACCUUGUUGGCAACACUGACGUAUUGUCUUUCGGCAAAAUUUCAGAGCUCGUUGCUCAAGCAGCACAUGGUCUUGGUUUAACUGACUUGACUUCUGUGAGAAGUGUGAAUGCCAGCGAGGCAGAUGAGUUGACCGGAAAAGGCAGUGUCUUCUGGGGCACCAACGCGCGGCAACGCUCACAGCGGGCAUCUGAGCUACUGGGAUGGACUCCAAAGGCCCACUCUUUGGAGCAAGAGAUUCCAUUGACAGUGAAAGCGGAGGCCACGCGACUUGGUUCUCUGUAG